UGACUUGACGUUUGGUUAUGGCAGACACCACAGACAAUCCGAGUAUCCCGCGCUAACAUAACAGAGCGUCUUUACUCAAAGCUAGAUAAUAUCGUAACCAGAAUGUCGACGGACUUUUACAUACGCUAUUAUGUCGGUCACAAGGGCAAGUUCGGUCACGAGUUUUUGGAAUUCGAGUUUCGGCCCGAUGGUAAGCUGCGAUACGCUAACAAUUCCAAUUACAAAAACGACACGAUGAUCCGCAAAGAGGCGUACGUGCACCAGUGCGUGAUGGAGGAGCUGAAGCGAAUCAUCCAGGAUUCCGAGAUCAUGCAGGAGGACGACUCGCUGUGGCCGCAGCCGGACCGCGUCGGCCGGCAAGAGUUGGAAAUUGUAAUCGGUGACGAGCACAUAUCGUUCACCACGUCCAAGACCGGCUCCCUCCUGGAUGUCAAUCAGUCACGUGACCCGGAGGGGUUGCGCUGCUUCUACUACCUUGUACAGGAUCUCAAAUGUUUGGUGUUCUCUCUAAUAGGAUUGCACUUCAAGAUCAAGCCCAUAUAAGCCCCCCGAUUCUGUAUUACGUGCAGAUAUUAUUGUAAUAAUUUUUCUAUAUUCCAAUAAAGUAUAAUGUUAUUUAUA